ACUCACGACUAGAACUAGAGCCUUGUUGAUGAAACCAAAAGACCAAGUCUGAGUGUUCUAAAAUGGCAGGAACUCUGAUCCCAGGCGCCAGAGUGGCCGUGUUGUCGGUAAUGAUGCUGCUAUGUUUAACCGGAAACAACAUCGUACCAGUUGCAGAAGCUAUCUGGUUAACGAUACCUAGCUCAGGAACCAAGUGCGUGUCUGAGGAGAUACAGAACAACGUCGUCGUUUUGGCUGAUUAUUACGUGGUCGACGAAGCCCACCCAGAAAAUCCUUCCACCAUCUCUGCUCGGGUGACAUCUCCAUUUGGAAACAAUAUUCACCAGAAUGAGAAUGUAACUCAUGGUCAAUUUGCAUUUACAACUACCGAGGCUGGCAAUUAUUUGGCAUGUUUCUGGUUAGGCAACCAGCAGCAAGGUACAAGCACCACUCUAAGUCUUGACUGGAGAAUUGGAAUUGCUGCCAAGGAUUGGGAGUCAGUUGCAAAGAAGGACAAGAUAGAGGGUGUAGAAUUUCACUUGACGAGACUUGAAGCUUCUGUGAAAGCCAUUCAUGAUAAUUUGCUCUUUCUCAAGCACAGGGAAGCAGAGAUGAGGGAAGUCAGUGAAGCAACCAAUUCUAGAGUGGCAUGGUUUAGUAUCAUGUCGCUUGGUAUCUGCAUUGUGGUUUCAGUUUUGCAGUUAUUGCACUUGAAGCAGUUCUUCCGCAGAAAGAAACUCAUCUAGAUUUUAUCUCUUAAUUUUUGUUUGUUAAUAUUUAACUUGCCAAAAGUCCGGAUAAUGGAUCAUAUUAUUUUUUUAUUGGGGUUCUUUUCUUUUGAGAAGUGAAUGCAUAGUACUCUCAUGGAUUGGUUGAAAAUUUAAUUAUGACCACAAUCUUCUUGAA